AUGCCAGGUAGCCAGCGAGAGUCGCUCACUUUUCAGCAAUCGGUCUAUACACGGGCUCUCUUACUUUCGUUUGUGUUGACAGGUUCAAUUCUGACGAGCUAUGCAUUGUUCAAUAAGCAUCUCCGGCAGUACACAAGAGCUACCCAGAUUCCUUUGAGUGUGUUUCGGAAGAAAUGGCUGUACGGCAAGGUUACAGCGGUAGGAGAUGGUGACAAUUUUCGCUUUUUCCACACUCCGGGAGGAAUACGUGGUGGAUGGGGCUGGAUCCGAAAAGUACCCAAACUGGAUAAGUCAGAUCCAGACACGACUGGUGCCAGAAAAUGGCCUCUGAGCUUUUUCCGCAAGGCAAAAAUGACGGAGAAGGAAAAAUUUCUAGCUCUUCCCGUACCGCUAAAAGGCAAAAGAAGCCUGCCGACAAUCUCAAUUCGUGUAUGUGGAGUCGACGCUCCAGAAAGGGCUCAUUUUGGCAACACCGCCCAGCCAUUCAGUGAAGAAGCUCUGAUUUGGUUGCGACACACCAUUUUGGGGCGAUGGGUAUGGGUUAAACCAUUGGCUAUCGAUCAAUAUGGUCGCUGCGUCGCUAAAGUAGAAUAUUUAACUUGGACUGGCUACAAAAAUGUUAGUCUGGAAAUGGUCAAAAAUGGACUAGCAAUAGUGUAUGAAGGUAAGACGGGGGCAGAGUUCGACUCAGAAGAAGACAUUUACCUUUUCCAUCAAAACGCGGCCAAAAAGCAGCGCAAGGGCGUCUGGAGUUUGAGAAAAAUGGAAACCCCAGGCGCUUAUAAAAAGAGAGUGAGCUGA